AGAGAGGGAGAGGGAGAGGGAGAGAGGACACGCUCUCUAAAGCUGCCACUUUUUUCCUCCCCUUCGCUCUUUCCCCCCAUCCUAGGAUCCAAUGAUAGCUGGACAAGUCAGUAAGCCCUUGCUGUCAGUGCGGAGUGAAAUGAAUGCGGAGUUGAGAGGUGAGGACAAGGCUGCUACUUCAGACAGCGAGCUGAAUGAGCCCCUGCUUGCGCCCGUGGAAUCAAAUGACAGCGAGGACACUCCCAGCAAGCUCUUCGGGGCCAGAGGAAACACAGUCUUAUCAGAUCCAGGAACUCCUGACCAGCACCAGGCCAGUCAGACCCACCCCCCAUUUCCAGUUGGGCCACAGCCUCUUCUAACAGCACAGCAGCUAGCCUCUGCUGUGGCCGGGGUGAUGCCGGGAGGCCCCCCAGCCCUCAAUCAGCCCAUCCUCAUCCCCUUCAACAUGGCGGGACAGCUAGGUGGUCAGCAAGGCCUGGUCCUCACACUGCCCACGGCAAAUCUCACAAACAUCCAAGGCCUGGUAGCAGCAGCUGCAGCUGGAGGCAUCAUGACUCUGCCAUUGCAAAAUCUACAAGCUACCUCAUCCCUGAACUCACAACUGCAACAGCUCCAGCAGCUCCAGCUCCAGCAGCAGCAGCAGCAGCAACAGCAACAGCAACAGCAACAGCAACAGCAGCAACAGCUGCCUCCUCCACCAACCAGCCAGCACCCACAGCCAGUCUCCCAGGCACCCUCACAGUCUCAGCAGCAACAGUCCCAGCCCACCCCACCCCACCAGCCACCACCUGCCUCACAGCAGCCACCGGCUCCCCCAGCUCAGCUCCCGCAGGCUACUCAGUCUCAGCAGCAUCAACCCCACUCCCACCCCCAGAGCCAGAAUCAGUCAUCUCCAAGCCAACAGAGCUCAAGCCCCCCUCAGAAACCCAGCCCAUCUCCAGGACAUAGCCUUCCAUCACCGCUCACGCCGCCCAACCCUCUACAGCUGGUUAAUAAUCCUCUAGCAAGUCAGGCCGCCGCUGCUGCAGCAGCCAUGGGCUCCAUAGCAAGCUCACAGGCCUUUGGCAAUGCCCUCUCCAGCCUUCAGGGGGUCACAGGUCAACUAGUUACUAAUGCACAAGGACAGAUUAUUGGGACCAUUCCACUGAUGCCUAAUCCAGGGCCAACAACUCAAGCAGCGAGUGGCACUCAGGGCCUUCAAGUACAGCCUAUCACGCCCCAGCUCCUAACCAAUGCCCAGGGACAGAUCAUUGCCACAGUCAUCGGAAACCAGAUCUUGCCUGUGAUCAACACCCAGGGUAUCACCCUAUCCCCCAUCAAGCCAGGCCAGCAGCUUCACCAAUCUUCCCAGUCAUCAGUGGGUCAAGCAGGCACCCAAGGCAACCUUCUGCACCUGGCUCAUGGCCAAGCAUCCACAUCUCAAAGUCCCGUGCGACAGGCUUCUUCUUCUUCCUCCUCAUCCUCCUCUUCUUCAGCUUUGAGCGUGGGCCAGUUAGUCAGCAAUCCUCAAACGGCAUCGGGUGAGGUGGACGGGGUUAAUCUGGAGGAGAUUCGAGAAUUUGCCAAAGCUUUUAAAAUCCGACGCCUGUCCCUUGGCCUGACGCAGACUCAGGUGGGACAAGCCCUCAGUGCCACAGAGGGCCCCGCAUACAGCCAGUCAGCCAUCUGCAGACACACCAUCCUGAGAAGCCACUUUUUCCUACCACAGGAAGCCCAAGAGAACACUAUAGCUAGCAGUCUGACAGCCAAACUGAACCCUGGCCUUUUGUAUCCUGCCAGGUUUGAAAAGCUGGACAUCACCCCUAAAAGUGCCCAGAAGAUCAAGCCGGUGCUUGAGCGGUGGAUGGCUGAGGCUGAGGCCCGCCAUCGAGCAGGUAUGCAGAACCUCACGGAGUUUAUUGGGAGUGAGCCAUCCAAAAAGCGCAAGCGGCGCACCUCCUUCACACCCCAGGCCCUUGAGAUCCUCAAUGCCCACUUUGAGAAGAACACACACCCCUCAGGGCAGGAAAUGACGGAGAUUGCUGAGAAGCUAAACUAUGACCGGGAAGUAGUUAGAGUUUGGUUCUGCAAUAAGAGACAAGCCCUGAAGAACACAAUUAAGCGCUUAAAGCAACACGAGCCAACUUCGGCAGUCCCCCUGGAGCCCUUAGCGGACUCUCCUGAAGAGAACUGCUAGACACUCCCGUCCAUGGUCAGAAGUUCGGAAGCGCCACAGAAACUAAACGCGACCCUGGAUCUCCACAACAAAGAAAGGAAGAAAGAAGAAAGGAUUUAAAGACACCCCAGUCAUCAUCUCUCUUGUGUGUAAAAGACUAAAAAAGACAAAGAAAAAACUACCAAAAGGGCAGAAUGGUUUAUACAUGUCCGUUGGUUUUCCAAAAGGAAAAAGAAAAGGAAAUUUUAAAUUUUUAAGCAAGAAACACACCACAUGGAAGGAGUAUGUGGUAGGAUCGUCCCCUCCCCAAGCUGUCUCCCUAAAGCCAAUUUUUUAAAGCAAACCAAAUAUCCACUUACUUUUUUCUGUAUAUGAUGAAAAUGUGAACACCUUUUAAGGAAAAAGAAAAAAAACUAAACCAAAAACAACAAAACAAAACCCACCAUCACAAACUUGUAUCUGUUCAAAGCGAAUGCAAGCCUGCCCCCUGGAGGAGAGCCUGCAUCCCUCCAGGGACUAAGUGCUGACCACUGCAAAACCUAUUAACCAAAGUCGGAACCACUGCAAAUGCUGUUGCUCGUCUACUCGCCUCUGCGUGUCAAGUUGUGUUAUGAAUUUUUACAUUUGCACCAACAGAAAAGUAGGAAGCCUGCUUUCUCCCAUCUUUCUCACCUGUGGUCUCUGCCAUCAGGGCGGGCGCCAUUGUUGAAAUCGUUCUAUAUGGCUCACUCUCUACCAAUUUGCUUCUUAGCAGUAGAAGUACUUAUUUUUUUCACGGAUUGUGUUAUUUCCUUUUAUUUUGUUUGGUUUUAGGUGGGGAGGGGCAACCUGGACUGUGUGCCAAAGCAUUCAUGGCUUUCUUCUCACUGAGUUGUAGGUUUAAGAAGGAAAAUGGAGCUCACACCUCCCUUUCUUCCUUAUUUCUCCACCUUCCUCUCAUGUGGCUCCCGGAAUCUUCUAGAAGGUAGCAGAAGUAGGAUUUUCCACUCUGAGCCUGCAGAGAUGCAGGAAAGGCUCCAGAAUAGCCAGGGCUCUGCUGUGUGACAUCAGCACCGGCAGAGGCAGUGAUUGUGCUCUCAGGCCCCACCAGAGAUUGCGAUGUUUUUCAGUCUGCUAGCCACACAUGAGGAGAGCUGAUCAAAACUAAUUCUGUAAUAUAAACAUAAGCUGCACAUAUGGUUCAAUACUUGCAUCCGUGUUUUGCUUCUGUUCAAAGCAAUUUCUUUCAGAAGUCUGAUAGCCAAAGAAAUGUUUCAAGGUUCCAGUCACACACACACACACACACACACACACACACACACACACACACAUUCAAACCCACCCACCUCACACAAAGAAACGGGCCACAAAGAAAAUGUCGGUGACCUAGAUUGUUAGGGGCUGCUAAACACCCUGCUAGCCUUACCUUGUCUUCAGCUUACCUUGUCAGACAGUGUUGGCAGAUUGGAGCUAGGGUGCAGCUGCUCUUGGAAUAUGUAAAUGGGGCAAUUGGAAUUAGGCUCUGACUUUUUGACUAGAAAAGUUGUAGCAACAAAGGUUCUCCAAGAAAGGAAAACUACACAGAAGCAGAUCAUAAAACAUAUCAGAAAAGCCUUCACUAUUAAAACCAGCAUAUUAACUCAUUUUUAAAAGAGCACCCCCAAGGCAUGGCCCAUGAAACCCAAGAAGCCCACAGAAUGGACUAACAGGGAGUAUGGAAGGGCAAGGGAACUCCUAGAAUCUACAAAUAAUUUCACCCAGGUGAAGGUAGAGGGUUCUAGCAAAGCAUGCAAAACAGAAUCAUCAAUUUGCUUGUUGUCAAAAUGUAAAUAUGCUCAUUUACUGCCAAAGGCAAAUCAUGAAAGGUAAAGCAAAACCCCACCUCACGUUGCCCAGUUGAUUACAAAUACCAUCUCCUUCCCCUACCUCACUCCUCCCACCCAGGGGUUCUAGGUUUUUGUUGUGUUGGCUCCCUUGCUGGUGAUGAAAAUGGGACAAUGUAAUAGUCCCCUUAGCUGGUUCAAUCAGCAAUCAUAAAAGUCCCAACAAGGAAACUAAGUAACAAUAAUCCUGGAAGUGAGAGAGGCAUUAAUAAAAGUGUUUCCAUGCCACCAGUCUGAUGCAAAUUGGACCACAACCAGCCCGAUCAGUGCCAACAACAUCAUGGUAGCAUUUCACCACUGCAAAAACUGCACAGAUACCAGCAACCCAGAAACAGAAAACUUUAUUGAUUAAAACAGAUUUUGUAUUCUCCUAGGACCUGCUCCAAAUUCCAUCAAGAAAAGCUCCCCAAGAAAAGAAGUUAACAAGAUAACAUAUGACGGAUGCUAAAUGUUUAAAUCUGAACCGGCAGCAGGCACAUGAGGCCUGAUAAGUUCUGAGAUCUAAAAUUGGGAGAGCAUAAAUAGAAUAGUGAAAAUAUAAAAUAAAAGUAAUCACCCAGAGUAGACAAAAAAAAGAAAUGAAUUCAUCCCAUGGUUGUAAAACUAUUCAUGUGCAGUGAUUUUUUUAUAGUUUUAUAAUUUUGUAUUGUUUUAUAAAUUAUUUAUAUAGCGUUGUAAUGCUUCUUAUAUUGAUUUUUUUACUGAUGAAUUUUUUGCUACAAGGCAAAAAAGAUGCCUGAACAGAUUCUUAGGAAUAUAAACUGUACUUGGGAACACACAAGCCUUCAGGACCACACCUACUGCUUAAUUUUAUUAGACAUUUCUUAUUUCCUCUGGUAAACAACUUCAUAUGCCAAAAGCAUCUAAGUGUCUUUUAUGUUUCCAUGAACUGAAGGUUAAGGUUAAGGUUGCCACCAACAAAAAAUAAAAGCCACUUUGGGCAUAUGCAUUGUAUUUCAAGCUUCUGUAAUCUUUCUCACAUUUUUUAAAUUGUCAUCAUCUUCAUUUUCUUCAUCAUUGAUGAAAAAUGACAGCCAAUAUUGUAUUUUACACUUGCUUGUGGGGGUUGUUUUCUCUUUCAACCAAAAAGAUAUUUUGAAUAGUUAAAAGUUUCACUUGCCUUUGCAAGUUUUGGACUCUUUAUGUCGUGAUCACACAGUCACAUACACAACACAACACAAAAGAGAACAAAAAAAAAAGCAGAAAGAGCUGGGGGAAACAGAAGAAAACAAGUAGAGGCGUAUCAAAGAACUCAAGCUGUAACCAAAAAGAAAUCCAAUUGCCUUUGCUCUCUUCUCUACGCUGGACCAAAGCUCAGUAUGUGUAGGUAUAUGCACAUUGUGUAGAUGGCUAAAUGUUGCUGACAAUCUUGCAAUACUAAACUGUUCCUAUUUUAAGAAAAAAAAUCACAAACUGUUCAUCAAUGUUUUACCUCAGCACUCUACUUGUACCCAGUUAAUGAUCAAGCAUAAAAACAAUGGAGAAAAAGGAAAUUGAUUUUCAUUUCCAUGUCUGACUGUAAAAUCUGUUUGGAUAAUAUUUUGUAAUGAGCUUUUUGUCAUGUGAUUUGCUUGUCUUCACCUUGAAAUUAUGUGAGGCACAUUGGCUCAUUUGUUGUUGAGAAGUGAAUUUUUUUUGUUUUAUAUUUAAUUAUUUCGUCCUCUGUGCUGUGAUCUAGACUGGUCGCCAGGGUCACUUAAUGAGGCACUGCAAAGAAAUCUGCUUCUCCAUGCCUGGAGCAGGCAGCAGGAGAGAGAGCAGGAAAAGACUGGGUUGUUCUGGAAAAAAAUCAUCAUGACGAGACAUUGACAUGAUAGACUUGUGACCAAGAAGCCAAACUGGAUAUUGAAAAGCUCCUUACUUGUUCUAUCAUUGAAACCAAAGCUGACUUAUCUGCACAGGUUGCUUAAUGUUUAAAAAAAAACUGUACUUAAUCUAGAGCAAUAUCUGUAUGGUCGGUAAAGCUGCACUUUGUGUAUUUCUUAACAGCUUCAGAUCUGUCACUUUUAAUUUGUACCAUGAAAAAUAAAGACUUGUUUGACAUGAA